CCUAUCCCGACGUCCACCUCGAAUUCCCGAUCUCGGUCCAACAACCGUGGCACUUCUGAAGAAGAUAGCAACAAGCAGAAACAAACUGGCCCCCAAGUAUCCCACAGGACCUCCUCCGAGAGGGAGGCUAGAGUCCGUGAUCUGAAGAGCCGCGCGCUGUCCAUCCCUUCUACCGGCAAGACACCCGCAACCAUGCGCCAACGCAUGGUGAUGCAGAUGGUUUACGACGAAAUUACCCCUUAUCCUGAUGAGGCCUGGGUUUCUCAGCUGGGCAUCAUUAUCAAUAGGGAGUACCAUCAAGUGAAGAACUGGUUUUCCAACCAGCGCCAGAAAGACGCUCGGGACUCACGGCAGCAAAGCCCCUCUCUUGCUGCUACCAAGAUGCGGGUCAGGGUGUCGGCCCUUGACUCCUGCAGCGCGGAGACUUGGACGGAUACUUUUUUUGAUGAAGUGGUCAUGAUCCACAACUUUCGGCUUCUGGCUAAACUCAGUCAGGAUGAGGCG